CUUUUUGGUUUUAUUCUGAUGGAAAUAGGGCUUUUCUUCUCUGUUAAUUUCAAAGCAUAACUGUCAUAUUGUUUGAUUUGUCUAUGCUUCAUUGACUUGUAACACUCUAGAAUACAUCUAUAAAUCCCUAGACAGCAUCAUUAAAUAGGCUUCUUAAAAAAGCAUUUGUGUGUAUAAAAAAAAACUGUCCCUGUCAGAUUCCUAGACAUGAAAUUUUCAAAGGAUUUAGACAGUCAAUGUAUUCCAGAAUGGAGAAAAGCCUAUAUAAACUAUAAAAGCCUGAAAAGAAAGUUGAAACAAGUAGAAAGGUUUCGGAAGUACAAAGAAAGAAAAGCGGCCUUCCGCCUAAAUCAAGUAUUUCAAGAGGUUGUACCUCACAGCAAUAAUAAAGACUAUUAUCACAGUUAUGUCAAUCACUGGGACAGUAGUAGAAAUGAGCACAACACAUCAUCAUCUGUGGACAGUAGCAAAUUCUACAAAAUGGAUAUGACAGAAAGAUGUCACCAUCGGCCCUUAUCUCGGCAAUGUUCCGUUAGAAGUGCUUCCACAACAUUAUCUGUUUUGGAUGAAGUAUUAGCUCAUGCGAGCACUUCAGAAAAGAACUUUUUUAAUAGCCUCGACACUGAACUUGACAAGGUUUCUCGUUUUUAUAAUGUAUCUGCUUUCUCUUUAAAGAAAAAGAAACCGAAGCCAAGUUUAAGCUAGAAGCUUUAAAAGGACAAAUGCAAUUCAUCACUGACUACGGGCAUCAUUUGAUGAGUAUGGAGCCUAAUCAAGAAUUCAUUGCUCCUAAUCAUAAUCCACAUAUACCUCGUUACCGGUUAUACAGCUGGUUUCCAUAUCAUGACCAAAAUGACCAGCAGCAGCAGCAGCAGCAGCAG